CUCAUAUAUACUUAGUUACAAGAUACAACCACACGCGCAUAUACAGAGAAGAGGAGAGAAAGUGUAAGAGAAGACUGUGCAGCCACACCGACACCUAUAUAUAUAUUGAAAUGUUGGUUCUUACUUGCAUCAAUACAACCCAACAUGUCAACACCAACACGAACUCGAAGCAUUGUUAAAAUAUAAUAACGCGUAGAUUUUUAUAUACACACACAUGUACGCGUAAACAUAAGUGAAAUAGAUAAUAACACCUAGAGCUAAACGUAACGCAAUCAAACACGCGCGCACGCGCCUGCGCACAGACACACUCCCACACAUACAAAUCAACAUACACAUACACAUAAAUAAUGGAUAGAAAACAUCCAAUAACUUCUUCGGUAUCAGCUGCUGAUGGGAGUUGCCGAAUAUUGCUUAGCAGACGACAAAACCGCACCAGAAGCAGACGAUAGAAACCUAAGAGAGGCAGACGACAGAUUCCUAUGAGAAGAAGCAGAAGAAAACUCCAACUUAAUUUUAGUUGGGAUUUUCUAAGAAGGUAGUCCAUAGAGAGGGGGGGAAAUAUUCUUUGGCAAGAAACAAAACAAAAUACAACCAAAGGAGAAAAAGAAAACAAAAGGCAGAACUAGAAACUGAAAUGUUAAGAAGACUAAAAACUUGGCUGCAUUAUUGCCAGGUGUUACUCGUACUUCUAAUAGUUCUUAAAGCUGCUCCCAAGGUCACAGGUCGUCAGCAUUAUAAAUAUAAUGCUUAUCUGGACAGCCAGCGUCGUUUCCAUUUGUGGUGGGACGUUGACUAUAAACGAAAUGUGGUAAACUUCCGCCUUUUGGCGGUCGUGACGUUAGAUGAAUGGUUCGGAGUUGGUUACUCGGCAUAUGGAAAUUCUUCAAAUGCCGAUUUCUUCGUUCACUGGGUCGACGAAAACUACGUACAGCACUGUAAGGAUGCAUGGACGGACAGCAAAGGUAUACUCCACAUUGACAAUCAGCAAGAUUACAAGAUAUUAUCUGGUCAGUUAAACAAGCAUGCAUUGGUCAUUGAAUAUCAGAGACCUUUCGACACAUGCGACAAUUACGAUUUUCCUUUUGACGUUACAAUACCAGCAAAAGAAACGACAUACUGGUGGUACACAACAAAACUUCCAGCUCUUCCCGAGCGACAGCAUAUAAUUCAGUUUGAAAGCGCCAUAACAAAAGGUAAUGAGAAUUUCGUUCAUCACAUCGAAGUGUUCCUCUGUGAGUGGAAACACGGAAUGAAAAUACCCUACUUUAACGGACCAAGUUUGGUAGGGGAGAAACCUAAGGAACUUAGUGUUUGUCGACAUGUCAUAGGAGCAUGGGCUAUGGGUGCCUCUGCCUUACAUUUACCAGCAGAGGCAGGCUGUGCAAUUGGAGGCAACAUCUCCCGCAACAUAUUACUGGAAGUCCAUUAUAAUAAUCCAGAAAUAAAACACGGAGUUAAAGACACUUCAGGAAUAAGGUUCUAUGUUACUCCAACACGAAGGAAGUACGAUUCUGGAGUCAUGGAAAUUGGAUUGGAAUAUACAAACAAGAUGGCGAUCCCUCCACAUCAAAACAGCUUCAUUCUAGCGGGAGACUGUAUUUCAGAGUGCACGGAACUUGCGUUACCAGACGGUGGAAUUUACAUCUUCGCCUCACAGCUCCAUACCCAUUUAACUGGGAAGAAGGUGACAAUUAGACACAUACGAAAUGGAACAGAAUUACCUCCUGUCAACUAUGACGACCAUUAUAGCCCCCAUUUCCAGAUCAUCAAGCUUCUUCCACGUCCUGUUCACAUCCUUCCGGGAGAUUCGAUGGUCAUUGAAUGUGAAUAUAACACGGAGAAGAGAUCAAACGCCACAAUUGGUGGAUUUGCUAUAACUGAUGAGAUGUGUGUUAGCUAUUUACAUUAUUACCCGAAUACGAAUCUAGAAGUUUGCAAAAGCUCUAUUGAAACGAAAACGCUAAAUAAAUGGUUCGAAUUUAUCAGAAGAUGGGACGUUGAUAAAAUAGAUCUAUCCAAGGGCUACCGUAAUAGCUACAACUCCGUCAGAUGGACGCCUUUAACCUCACACCUACUUAACAAACUCUACGAGAUUUCGCCUCUAUCCAUGCAGUGUAACCAAUCAGACGGCAGAAGGUUUCCAGGUAACUGGGAAGGAAUGCCACAAACAGAGAUUACACUGCCAUUGAAACCACCCGAACGUGACUGCGACUGUACUCUUAAUAAUCCGGAGAAAGACAAUGUAAUUGCAUAAUAUCUAUACUUAACGUUAUGAUAUCCAGGCCAGUAGCAAAAGUCUUCUCUUUAGAACAAAACACUAGCACCUUUUGCCUCCAGACCACCUAUUAGCACAAUAAUCCAAACAGCCUUAGUAGAUGAGUUCAUAUUUAUGCUAAAAUAAUAUUGCUUGCUGCUUGCAGUGAUGACUGUGUUGUAUUUAUUUAAAUAAAGGAAGUUAUCAAUGUU